CGUGGGCGUAUUUGGACCGGUUAUUCACUGGAUUUCAUCUCGAGGAUUUUCACGUCUCGGAGGUUUCUAAGGAUUACAGACGGCUUGCUUCUGAAUUUUCGAGACAAGGUUUGUUCGAGAAGAAAGGGCAUGUCACUAUGUAUUCUCUGAUUUCUGUUGCUAUUAUGCUCUUUCUUGUGGUUUAUGGGGUUGUGAAAUCUGAGAGUGUUUUGGUUCAUUUGGGUUCUGCUAUGAUUUUGGGUAUGCUUUGGAUUCAAAGUGCUUAUGUGGGUCACGAUUCUGGACAUUCUACUGUAAUGUCGAGCCGUGGAUUUAACAAAUUAGCUCAAAUUCUGUCUGGGAAUUGCUUGACUGGGAUUAGUAUAGCCUGGUGGAAAUGGACUCAUAAUGCUCAUCAUAUCUCUUGUAAUAGCCUUGAUCAUGAUCCAGAUCUUCAACAUAUCCCUGUUUUUGCUGUUUCUACUAGUUUCUUCAAGUCCUUGACAUCCCAUUUCUAUGGUAGAACGUUGAAAUUCGAUUCCCUGGCUAGAUUCUUCAUCAGCUACCAGCAUUUCACGUUUUACCCUGUGAUGUGUGUAGCUAGAGUGAAUCUCUUCGUGCAGACAUUAUUGCUGUUGUUUUCCACUAGAAAAGUCCCUGAUAGAGCAUUGAACAUAAUGGGUAUUCUUGUGUUCUGGACAUGGUUUCCUCUCCUGGUUUCAUACCUCCCCAACUGGCCUGAAAGGGUCAUGUUUGUUCUUGCAAGCUUCGCUGUUACAUCACUACAACACAUCCAAUUCUGCCUUAACCAUUUCUCUGCUAAUGUUUAUGUUGGGAAACCCAUUGGGAAUGACUGGUUUGAGAAGCAAACAAAAGGGACUUUGGAUAUCUCUUGUUCUUCAUGGAUGGAUUGGUUUUUUGGUGGAUUACAGUUUCAGCUUGAACAUCAUUUGUUUCCAAGGAU